CGGUAGUAAUACUUUUUGCUUAUUCCUUCCGUUGCCUAUAUUAUAAUAAAAAUUAACAAAUAUGUUGCCAGUAAAAAUUGCUUUAUUAAUAUUUUGUUUUACAAUUGUAACAGCAACAACUGUUAAACAGUGCAAAAAAGGGCAACCAUUUCCAUUAAACGUCACCAUAAACGAUUGUGAAGAACCACCGUGCAAUAUUGUUAAGGGCACUACAGCUAUUAUGGAUAUGCAUUUCGUCAGUACUAAAGAUAAUAUACGUAAAUUGACCGCCAAAGUUAGUGCAACUACAUUAGGAUUAACUGUACCGUAUGACCUUCCCGAAGAAGUAUCCGAUGUUUGUAGUAAUUUGCUAUAUGGUGCUAUUUGUCCAAUCGAUGAAACUGAAGAUGUGGUUUACCGACUUAACUUCUAUAUUGAUUAUUUAUAUCCAGAAAUAAGCGUUAAAGUGGAAGUAUCCUUAAUGGAUGAGGAUAAUGAAUCUGUGGCUUGCUUCAAUGUUGAUAUUAAAGUAAAGAAAGGUGCUUCAGCAGCUUUGAUUGAAUAAAAAUGUAAAAAACUAUUAGCGCUAUGAUGUACCUUAAACACAAAUUACUAAUUUUUAAAAAAGCAAAGUAAUUAUUUAAUUUAAUGGCUGUAUAUCUUUUCAUCU